GCUUUCAUAAUCAACACGGAGCGAUUUAUCAGCCGGACCAGCGGUGAAGAGCAACAUUUCAUAACAAAUAUUUGAAUGAAUUUUAUUUAAUUCGUGGUGAAAGCAUGUGAUAAACAGCAAAGGGAAGUUAAACAGCAUGGGUGUGGAUAUAUGGGACAAAGAAUGCAAUAAUAUACAUUUAAUAUAAAGAGUUUAAUUGCGUGUUUACACCAUCAACUGUGUUUGCCAAAGUAAUCGCUGUAAUAUCAACACGUGCAUGGUUUUAUAACAUCUCAUCAGUGACGUAAAUGUUACAUUAUUGUUUUUCUUCUGUCUUAGUUGUAUGUAUUUGUGGCAUACUCGAUAAUGCACGUGCAUUUUGCAAUAAUUCAGAGUCUUAUAAAGUGAAGGGUCUGUAAGUUGUUAUUCUGCAUGUGCAUGGAAAAGGGCAUUGAAUAGAAAAUAACUAAUAUAAACUGGCUGCAGACACAGUUUAAUUGUUUAAUGUCAAAAUGUCUGCGUUCUGCACAAAGCAUCUUUUGCAGGGCAUUAGGUGCACAGUCCACAGGGUAUCGGUGUCGAUUCGACUCCCAGCCAGAAGAACAUUUUUUGUCAGAAGUGCUCUUCUAUGUAAAGUCCCCAAAGUGGGGCUCUUCUGUUGGACUCUAGGUUGCAUUGCAUUUGCCUCCACCCCAGAAGUGGUGUGUCAGCAGAGGAUUUUGGAGAGAAAGUCUGUGGCCCGAGUGCAGGUUCACAGGUUGGUGUUCAUUUUGCGCCUGGGGCUUCGUGCCUUGGUGCUUCUUCUGAAGUUCAGCCCCCUUCUGCUUUUGUAUCCCCUGACUGUGAUUUCUCAGCGCUGGGCGUCUCAUUGGUUGGAUGCCCUGCUUUGGGUCACAGAGACCUCUGGACCUACAUUCAUAAAGCUGGGCCAGUGGGCCAGCACCAGACGGGACAUCUUCUCGCAGGAAUUCUGCGACCGGUUCUCCAGGCUUCAUGUACGGGUGAAGCCUCAUCCGUGGUCCCACACUAAGCAAUGUUUGCAGAGGGCGUUUGGGAAAGGUUGGAGGCAGAUGUUUGUAUUUGACAGUAAGGAGCCUGUUGGAUCGGGCUGUGUGGCACAGGUGUAUCGGGCCAAGGCCAGGGUGGGAAAUGUGGAUGAUCCAGCAUUCCAGAAACUGGUAGAGGAACUGAAUAAGAACAAUCUCAUGGAGGCUUGGGAGAUUCCUGGUCUUGGAGGAACGUUGAGCAACUUUUGGGAAACGUACAAAGAUGAUGAAGAAGCCAUAGACACCAGAGAGAGAGAUUUUGCAGAUCGACCAAUCAUUCAGAGAGAAUGUUCAGAAGAGGAGGAGCAUCUGGUACCUGUGGCAAUUAAGGUUCUUCAUCCUGGAAUCAGAAGACAGGUGGAAAUAGAUUUGAUUCUAAUGAAAGCUGGAAGUUUAUUCCUCAACUGUUUACCAGGCAUCAAGUGGCUCAGUUUGCCUGAGAUCGUUCAAGAGUUUGAGAAGCUUAUGACCAAACAGAUUGAUCUUCGGUUUGAGGCCCAGAACAUUGAAAAGUUUCAAAAGAACUUUAGAGAUCUGGAAUAUGUGAAAUUUCCGACACCGCUCCGGCCGUUUGUCACAAGGACCGUCUUGGUAGAAACAUACGAGGAAAGUGAACCCAUCUCUAAGUACCUGAGCUCUGAAGUCCCAGCAGAUGUGAAGCAGAGAAUCGCUAGGAUGGGUGUUAAUCUGCUUCUGAAAAUGGUGUUUGUAGAUAACUUUGUCCAUGGUGACCUCCAUCCUGGGAACAUCCUGGUCCAGGGUGGCAAAGGAGAGGAACCGCGUGACAGGGCCACUCUGACUGAUCUAUGGGACACGGUGGUGGUCAGCAUGAGGCCGAACCCUCCACCCCUUCAGCUGGUGCUGUUGGACGCUGGCAUCAUUGCGCAGCUCAGCGAAGAAGACAAGCACAACUUUAGAGCUGUGUUCACUGCUGUUGUUCUCAAACAGGGUGAAAGGGUGGCAGAGUUAAUUCUUCAUCACGCUCGUGCCAAUGACUGCCAGGAUGUGACACGCUUCAAGAAGGAGAUGGCUGAAUUGGUGGAUCAUGCGCUCAGCGAUACUCUUUCUCUGGGAAAGAUUCAGGUAGCUGAGCUGCUGUCUCGGGUUUUUGGUUUACUGAUCCAUCACAAGGUGAAGUUGGAAAGUAAUUUUGUAUCCAUGGUGUUUGCCAUCAUGGUCCUGGAAGGUUUGGGCAGAUCACUGGACCCAAACCUGGACAUCCUGGAGAUCGCCAAACCCAUUCUGCUGAAGAACUGCACGUCUCUCCUCUGAUAUUACUCUUUUAAACCAUCAACGUUUACCUCAUUAUUCCAGACACUAAUAACAGCCUGGUACAAUAAAUGAAACAUCUUAAAUAAAGACAAUCAGGGCAUUCAGCUUCAUUCAAAGAGAAAAAGCAUAUCUAGGAUCUCAACGUACAUGUCAGUAUAUCUGUUUAAGAUCUCUUGGGACAAUAAUAUAUCCAGUGAUGCUGUGAUUGGUUUGUAUCCAUGGGGCCAGAUUUGUUAUUUACUUUUCACAUUUGCAUUACUCGUGGUAUGUGAAUUAAAUGAGAGACAGUGCUAAAGUCUAUAGAUCUGAAAAUAUUUUUGUCUUAUGAUGAUGCACCAUGACGUAAAGUUGUCCACACACUUUCCUGGUAUGUUUAAAUGUUUUAACUGAACCAUUUUAUGAAAUGUAGUAUGUAGUAGUCCAUAAAACCCUAAUUAAAUACAUUCAAGAAAAGUGUAAUAUGUGAAUUAGAGCCUUUGUUUAUAAUCUGUGAUGUUGCAUUUAGAAAGCAGAUAUACAUUUUU